UAGGUUCAGAUGUUAAUAUAUUUUGACUCCCAGACUCGUAUCGCAGUUGCUAGUUGACAAAAAAGGAAUUGGAUUUACUUGUAAGAAGCCUGGUGUUUAAAUAACGCCUAGAUAUCGCGUGCCCUGUUGGCGUAUAUUUCCUAAUUAAGAACGUCCGAUAAUAUCGUGUUUUAAUCAAAACAGACUUCAAACAUGGCGUCGUUUGUGGAAUUAAAUCUGGAAAGGCGGAUUUCUUGUGACAGUCUUGUCUUUGCAUAAAUGGACAGGCGACAAAAUGUCACGCGAUUUAAUGCUUAUGUUGGUUUAGGUCAUUUGCGUGGAUAUGAUACCGAUCGUAUAAGGAUUGCUAAGCAACAAGAAUGACGUCGUCGGAUUCCUCGAUAUUUCAAUGGUUUGUGCGAGAAAGACUUUGACCUUGGACGAUGCAAUAACGCAACAGAACUCAACCAAUUCCGAAUAGACCCAUGUAAUUGUACAUCAUAUUAUCAGUGCUCACAGUCGUAUGCGAUGAACAAACAAUCAUGCUCCUCCGGGACCGCGUUUGAUCCAGAGAUGAACUGCAUUAGAAAGGAUGACGUUUUUUUCAAAACUGGAAAUUACUGUGAAAAAACACCAUGGCAUAGAUGUAAUACAACAACAGAACGUCUAGCGGAGCUAAGAGCCCUUUGUACGAACACAGAGAUCGUUUCUACGACCACCACUACCACUACGGAACAAUCGACUGUAGAAGGAUCAAAGACCAAUGCGGGAAUGGUAAUAGGACUCAUCGUGGCGGGUAUCGCCAUUGCGGUCUUCGCAAUAUUGCUGUUGCUGUUCGUACGUCGAUGGAGACAAAGGAAACAAAAAGAAGAAGCGAAACAUAAGCGGACAAAAACUGUGAUGAAUGUUGAAUACUUUGAAAACGGUAAUGCAGACGACCCGUACCAUACGAUACCAGCAGAUACUAUUCCAGAUACCUUGGAUGAUCCUAGUUACAACUCUGGUCCAUUUGGCAAUCCUUCAACCCUUCAAUCUAAUAGAACUCUCACAUCUGACGUUACUUCAAGUAGUUCUGGUAUUUCUCCGUCGGUUCACGAAUCCGUCGAGUACGACAAUUCCGCUUUCAAAUUAAAUAGUAACGAUCUAGGAAUGGACCAGGAUGGAUACACAUCAACUCUUAGAAGGUCAUCACGAGAAUAUGAUCGCCCUUCAAAUAUGCAACGGGCUAUCAACGAAGCUGUUAAUGAAGCUGGUCCAUCAAAUAUGCAUCGGCCGAACGUUGAAUACGUCACACAAACUAGUGAUUUCGAUACAAGCAACACGAAAGGAGAUGCACCGGACUACUAUGUGUUAGAAAAGUAACGUGUUCAAAUAUAAAUUAAAGUACCAUAUUAUAUAUUGCCUUGCCAAGUAGAUAGGCUGGUGUUUCUGAAUUUCUACAAAUCAUUUUUUCUCAUAUCAGAAACAUAGAUAUUAACCAAACAGCUGUUGAACAGUGUGCGUAAAAGAUGGAAUAAAAUAGCCGUCAUACACGAUUACUAAAAUAAGUGAUUCAUUAAAAAAAUAUUUGAAAAUAUUGCGAAAUUUUGUAAAUUAUGCAUUAACGAACCUUGAAGGUUGUUGUUGCAAUAUAUUUGAUCACAGAUGGGAUUAUGUGCGGGAAACGUACAUUUUGUGCUUUUGUUUACGAUAGUGUAAACAUACAAUGUCUAUACAAAUAAUAUAAAUUGCCAGGCGUGUAAAACUUAACAAAAUUGGUUAUUUCCAUUGACAAGACUGUGGCAAAGUAUGUAUAUAAGUGCUUUGAUAUUUGUUCAUAACAAAAUCAUAAAUCACAGCAAAGCGAACGGAUAUAGUGGCUCCUGGUUCGCCUGAGUUAUGACUGGACUUGAAGUAUUGAGAUUCUUGUGCAUUUAUUGUAGUAUUGUUAUAUCUAUUAAUAAUGUGCAAUGUUUUAUUUGGUAAUAUUUGGUGCAUAUGUAUGUCUUUUCGAUGACAGUUCCACCGUUAUAUGCGAACGUCGUCAUGGUAAAGGUCAUUAUAUAAAAGGUAUAUAUACAACAUGUGAUUUGAUAAGCCCAAGCUAAUCAUUUCGCAUCGAUAUACUGUAUAUUUGUAUGUCAUAUACUUCCGUGUUCAUAAAACGGAUUUAUGCAGAUUGAUUUAUGCAGAUUGUGCUGUGGGUAAUAACCUGACUAGACGGCGGGAAAUCCCAUGUGUCCGGUCAGAUUUUUAUUCAUCUAUGGGAUCAUUCUAUGUUUAAUAAAAUAAUUGUACUUAAUAGAGAACAAAAUGUAACAUUGAAUAACAUGUGAAUCAUUAUAUUAAUCUUGAGGAUCUUUAUGGGUCAAUAAAAACACGCGGAAGUCAAUUUGUAAACGAUAAUUUUUUGCAACGUUAUUUCACCAAAAUAACGUAGUGCUUUUAGUAAUUCAAACAAAAGAGCAAAUGAAAACGAUUUAAAAGCUUUAUAACACAUGUUCAAGAUACACAAAUAUGUGUAAUUGAUGUACUAAAUAAAAAAGAAUUAGAAGCGUGUUAUAAUAUGGUAUAUCUAUAUAAAAUGUAUAUGUUUUUGUGGAUCUUUAUGGUUGAAUAAAAACAGCGGAAGUCA